AUGGCAGAUUCUUGUAUCAUUUCAAAAGAGCAACUCUCUUAGAAAGAGCUUAUGCUAAAAUCUAAAUUAUAUGGAGCAGCCCCUUUAGCUUCCACCUUUGGUUCCCGAAAUAGACAAACCGCUCAAAGUUAGAGUGAAUGGAGAAAACCUAAUUUAUAUGCAGAGAAAACACUAUCCUCAUCCCCUUAAAAAAUUGUUGAGCAUCAUAAAACACAGCUGAAGCAAGUAACAGAUGUGAAAAUGGAUACAUUUUUAGAUGAAAUGAGAUAAUAAUUUAUGCAGACUCAGAAUUAACAAGCUAUUCCAUAGUCACUUUUGUAUCAAUAGACAAGAAUGAUGGAAAAGUAGGUAGCUAUGCUUGAACAAAGCUAGAAGUCAAUGAGUGAAGUUAUCAAUAAUGUUAUGAAUCAAGGAGCGACUGGAGUGAAUAGUGCAAGCAGUCUGAAGCAGUAAGUAUUUAACGAGAACAGAAGAAUGCUGCUAGAGAUGAUGGCUCCACUAAGUCAGUAGUUAAAUGAGAUGAAACUCUUAUAUGAGAGUACCAAAUCUUGCUCCAGUGAUGUCGGCUCUAAAAUAGAUGAACUAAAGAGAGUCCUCGCCAAUCAAUCUGAUAAUUUAAAUGGACCGAGAGGAUACCCUAUGAUGACUUAGUAGUUCAAUCCAUAUUAAUAGCUUGACCUCUUAGAUCCAGGCAUCAUGAGGAAGGGUAUAGAGGACAUUAAGGAACAAAUGCGUGAUGCUUAAAGAGAAGCCCAUCUUAUUGAAAAUGAUUUACAAUAGAGAUUUACUCAAAUGACAAUGAAAAAUAUGCAGUAAAGGUAUCUCCCUCAGUCUAUUACAGAAGAAUUUAGCAGCUUUUAGCAUUAGUUGAAGGAGAAGACUUUGGCUGACUAGCUCCAUUCUUUUCCUACAAUGACUUAGACAAAGGAAGCAGUAUUAGCUAAACUUGGGGGUUACUUCGACUAUCCUCUGUGCCUCGAAGAACUCAGACAAAUAAUGUCUGAGAAGGAUAUUAUUGAUAGAGAGUUUAAAUCUUAAGCUUUAAUACCUCCUGAUUUCAAAGAUAAGGCGUUUGGUAAAGUUCCACCUUACGAUUUCUCCACAAAUUCAAUCUUUAUUAAAGAUCCAAUUAAGGAUCAAGAAUGGAGAGAAAAGUAAUCUCUAGAGAAGCCAAACUACCUGUAAAAUCUAGUCCUCACUGAACCUAAGUACUUCCUAGAUUAUGAUGAAUACAAAUAGAACUACUAGCAAGAAGUUGGCUAAAAUUUGGUUAAAAAGACUGUUACAGAGUACUAUCCUACUACUGCUUAGAGAAAGUCAAAUGCCACUGGUAUAGGGAGUGGUGUAAAUAAUAAGCAAGGAGGUAGAUAAACUAUUAAUUAGAAGUAAGCACCCAGCAAAGUUUAGAAAAGAUCAUAUGCUAACGAUGCAAGUGAUAAAUCAUAUGACUCUAAACAUAGUACUCCCUAAUCGUCUGGAAAGAAAAAGACAGGUAGACCUAAGAAGGACUUAAACGAGAUAAAGAAAAUGGAUAUUUUAUCACUUAAGAAACAAGUCAUUGAGGAGAUUAAAAGUGAGAUGGAGCUGAACAAAAACCCUAAUAACAAUCCUAGAAACUAAGCUAAUCUAGAGUCAGAUAAAACAAGGGAACUUGAGCAAUAGAAAAAAGACUUUAAAUAAUUCGAAGGAGUUUAAAUGAAAGGGCUUAAAGAUGUCAUAGAUGAGGAAGUAGAUAAGUAAAGUCAGAUUUUGAAUUAAUUCAAGAGAGAUAAUGGACUUGGUAAUAAUCUAAGGCAAAGCACAUAAUCGAUUUCAUCCUAGCAGCAACCUUAAUUGUCCUAGUCUCUUUUAGAAAAUGCCUUAGCAGAUAUAAUGCUAUCAGAGCUAAAUAAGGAUUAGGUUUCUGCGUCUCAAGAUCCUCAGAUCAAGCAGAUUGGUGAACAGAUGAUGAUUGAUAAGAUCAAUAGUAUUUUCGAUGAAAUAGCUAGAGAGAACGAUCACUUUCAGAAUUAGCAGCCAUAACCUACUUACUAGUAAUAGCCUAUGGUUCAACAGUAAACACUUCCUACUGUUUCUAAUCAAACUUAGGUACUCUCAUAAUAGCAACCAGUAGUCAUCCCAAUAGUGAUAAAUCAAAGUAACAACUAAUAAACACACGCAAAUUCAGGGUCAAAUCCCUCAGACUAGAUCUUUAAGAAUCCAAAUCAACUCAGAGAUAUGCUCUCACAGGUGAUAUCAGCAUAGUUAGGAAUGCAUAACAUUAGAAAGGACAAGGAAAAGGACUUAGACUUGUUUAGGGAGAGUGUUAUUAGCAACGAUCCUAUGAACUAGACUUCUCGAACUAUGCAGGAAGAGGAGGCUAAACUCAAAGCUGAACAAUAGGAAUUAAGAAAAUAGACUUUUAUUAAUGUUCAGCCAUACAUUUAGCAAACACUAAAUAUGGGAUAUCAGAAUCCUUUUGCCUUUUCAAAUGGGUUGAAUCUUCCUAAAGCUAAUAGCAUCAAUAAUUUUGGACUGCAGCAGCCGUUGAUAAAUGAUUUGGAUUAAUUUAACAUGACCAGUGAAUCCUCUGAUUUCUUAAGUUUGGAAAGCAGUUAGUUCUCUGCUGGCAAAGAUUUUUUCAAGAGUGUAUCAGAGUAAAAAGGUAGAUCUAGAAGCAAGCAUGGUCCAGGUGCCAGAUACUCAAAUUUAAGUCAUGGCGAUAGAUCAGAGGGAGAGGUAGGAGCUGUAGAGCAAUCAGAUGAUGAUAUAAGUGUUGGAGAAAUUAGAUACCCUGGUUCAACUCUCAGAUAGAGUCAACAAAAGCCUUCCAGUGGAAUGGGUUUGAAUAUGGGAGUCAGUUCAAGCAUCAAUAGACAAAUGAUUCCACCAUCUGUCAAUAAAUAAGGAUAAAGAACAGGCUAGAGCAAUGUCCCUGCUGAAAUAAGAAAAUUAGGAGAGACUAUUGACUAUGAGGAUGACAAAUUCUCACCAGAGAAGGAUGAUGAAAAACCAAUUAUGGAUUCAUCUGACGGACCAAUUGCUAAGCCUAAGUAAAGAUUUGGCUAAGGUAGAGGUGGAGCAGUCACCAACACUGGCAAGAGCGGUUCAGGCAAUCCAAUUUAUGGGGGAAGUUUUGGACUGAAUCCCUACAAAUUGGCUAGAGGUGGUAUGAAUUAGCAGCAAAAUGAAAGUGUGAAGCCUAUGUCAAGCAUGGGGAAUAGAAUGCAAAUCCAAGAUAACUUCCUUGAAGAAGAUGAAGAUGAGCUAGGCAGCAUUAGAGCUUCAAAAGAAUCAGGAGAAAUUGACCCCUCUAUGUGGAAAUGA